UUGAUCGAUGGGGUCUCCAGGUCUGAGCACCCUGAGACUCACUUGGCGCUUUCCUCCAGGAACUGCUGCAGCUUGGCAGACUUGCCUCCAAGGAAGGAGGACGAGGGUGAAGCUGUCGAGGCCUCCUGGUGGAACCCAUUUGUCGACGGAGUGGUGUGCUUCAAGUGUCGAGUCUCGAGAUCAAUAGGCUGCAUUGUUUCGCUCUUGACGGGGACUGCAUUUUGCUGGUGCUGGAUGGGCGAGUGCGCCAACGUCCUCAUCGUCAGCGGCUCCUGUUUUAUGUGCAGCGGUUGUCCCAGCGUCAACGUGCGUCGCUGCGUCGCCGCCAUCCCUAGUUUUGACCGCGGAACUGAGCGAAAAUAAUUCUCAUUUGGCUGGGCAGACUAUGCCCGACCAUUUUGUCAUUGCCAUCAGCUGGGCAUGGGCAACUUGUUAAAGAGAAAAAGCUGCUGCUCGGUCUGUAAAUAUCCCAGCUGGGGCUUGAGAACGAUGCUGUGAUUGGUUGACGACCGAAGCCAUUGUCUCCCAUUGGUCGAUCGCCUCUUAGCUUCUGCUAAUGGAUUCACCAAAAGAGUCAGAAAAAGAUUCUUCAGUCAAAGAACGAUCAUCAGACAUCGCUUCCAAAAUCUUUAUCCCCAUUUCUGUGGGAGUUGAAUCCUCAAGCAAAAGUGGCAACGAUAGAAAUCUCCCAUAUACACUCACUUCGUCGCAAAUAAACAAUGAGGCCGAGCUGCGAUUCCUCAGGGCGAAAGUAAAAAUUUUGACAGCAGAUAUAGAGAAGCACAGAGAUGAUCACAAGAAAAAGGUUGACGAGUUAAAAGCUUUUGAUGCCGAGCUGCACACAGUGAAAGAGGAGCGCAACAAAGCCCUUCAGCAGCUAUCAAUGUCAGAAAAUAAAGUUUCUAGGAUCACAAGAACUUUGGCAGAGCAGGCAAACAAUAUCAAAAUGCUUGAGUCAAUCAAAAGUAGACUGACACAAGAGUUAGCUGUAGCAAAGAAAGAUUCAAAAUCAUCAUCGCAAGUGGUUGCGACGCUCGAGAUCAGGCUAAACAGAUCCUUGGAAGAAAUUGAAAAUCUACGAAGUUCUUUGCAGGACAAACGGGGGCAUGAAAAAGACGAUCACGAAGCGCAAAGGAAAGUAAUUGAAAAUCAAUCUACUGUAAUUCAAAAACUGGAAAGACAACAUGCAGAGUUGAUCAUGGCUUUCCGCAGGCAGAUGAUGUUAUGUCACAAUCUUCACAGGCAAAAAGAACUUCUUGCCAAUAAUGCCGCUUUGCAGUUGGCAGACACAAAAUUUGGCAACCUACUGAACAGCAAAAAAGGGACCAAAUGAAUAGAAAUGAUGUAAAAUUAUAUUAUUUACAUUGCAAUUUUUAUUCCAUGUUGAAAUUAUAUACUUUGGGGUCAACAUCGUGGGAGGCUGAUAGUUGAUGUCAAAAUUAUGGUUGAAAGCAAAUAACAAAAACGCACUGGAUCCAAUAAAAGUACAGGAAAUAUAACUGAUAAUAAUUCACAACUUAUUGUAAGAGAGCCGAUUUGUAUCACCAUGAUGUGGAAAUAAACAAUCUGAAAAUUACUGUCUUUCUGGAUUCUAUUACAAUACUUAAAACCAUUCUGAAUUCAAUUUGUUCUAUUCUAGAUGAGAUUAAUUUGAUAAAAACUAUAGGCGCACAUUCACGUUAAGGCAAGAUAUAAAUUAGUUUUUCAGAGGCUGCCACAAGUAUAAGCAACUGGGGCCAUUCAGUUCAUCGUUAGGUAGCCAGCCACCUUCAUAAAUUAAUUGCUCCAAAUCGCUCAACAAAUAAUUUUCCUGUUUGAAAUUAUAUUUUAAAUUUUUUUAAUCAAAAUCAACCCAUUCACUUGCUAGCACCGGUAGUCAGGCCUCACGCCAGAUAGCUGUAGGUGUCCUUCUGGCCCUCUGUUCGUUCUAGAUACUCUUUCUCUAUCAGAAUGUCAA